AUCGUCAUGGUAGGCGCCUACAAUAACAGGAAGAAAAAUAAGUAAAAUGUGAUGUAUGAUGCCGUAGGAUUUUUUUUUAAUUUGAUAAGUGCGGAAAGGAAACUGCUAAGCAAGUUACCGAACGAGACACGCUACACGGUGUCUUAUUUUUGUAUGUGAAGCAGCAUUCAUUAAAGGGUUAUAAAUGAGAAUGUCCCUGGCACAGAGAGUGCUGCUCACUUGGCUUUUCACGUUACUCUUCCUCAUCAUGCUAGUUCUCAAACUGGAUGAAAAAGCCAACUGGAGCUGGUUUCUAAUCUUUAUCCCCGUUUGGAUCUUUGACACCAUCCUGCUUGUAAUGCUGAUUGUGAAGAUGGCUGGACGUUGCAAGUCGGGCUAUGACCCCCGCAAUGGACUGCAAAACCUGAAGAAGAAGAUCUGGUACCUGCUGGCUAUGUUUCUCAAACUGGCUUUUUGCCUUGCUCUGUGUGCCAAACUGGAACAGUUUCCACAAAUGAAGCUUGCUUUUGUAUUUGUUCCACUCUGGGCUCUUCUUUUAGGAGCCAUGGGGCACCUAGGGUGGACAGUAUUUCACGACAGGAGAGACUGAAGUUAGCUAAGCAUGUUGCAACGUGACUGUGUUUCCACACAACCAAUUUGCUGGCAUUUGCUCUCAGAAUCCUUUUAAAAGUAGAACCGGAGAUACGCUGCAUCUGAAACAGCUGGAUGAGGCAACAGUGAGCAAAGCGUACAGCAGAAGGCGGACUGCGAUUACAAAGGAGUAAAUGAAGGUGCAAAUGAGCAGUGAGAGUUACAAGUGAAUUAUCCUACCUGGCGACACCCUUGUUAUCAAUGUCCCCCAUGAUACUGUAGUGUGACCAGGAAGAAUUUACACCUCCACUAGACAGUAGUAAAAAUUGGUUUGUAGCAUGUGGCUAAAAACUUUGAACCAUUUUUUUAAAUUGUAUUAGAAACAUGCCACACUUCAGAUAUGGUGGAAGUAACAAUCAUCUUCACUCAUGCCAUUUUCAUCACAAACAGUUAUUAAUUGUAUUUAACAGAUGUUUUAUGUAUUUUACGAAUAAACUUAAUUUUGAUGUUG